CUAAAGUCUGUGAUGACGAGGAACGACCUCUGUCUAUUUGUUAAGUUUUAUAAAGAUUAAUUCAACAUUUAUGCUAGAUUUUAUUCUAAUUGCAUGGUAUAAAUUAAAAGUAGUAAAAAUCUAGAAGUUACAUGAUGUAGUUGGACCCUUAAUAGCUAUAAAUGUUUGAGUUAUAACCUCUUGAUCUGGGCUAUCAUUUUAAUUCUUGUAAUUGUCGAUUGAAUUCGUUCGUUGGCGAUAAAAGAAAGUGUUUACAUUCCUUAGAGUGUAUCGUGUGUUAGUGAUGUGAGUUCGGAUCGUUGGCGAAACGGCCCGCUAAUAUGUGAGGAAAUAAAAUGUGUGUGAUUUGGUGUAAAAUUACAAAGAGUUUUUGUGGUGACCGUUGUUGGAUGCUGCCGUAGGAUUGCAAUGUCCAGACUCGUCGACUACUUCGUAAUUGUGGGCUUUGACCACGAAAAAGAAAGAGGCGGACAUAGUAACGGCGUCAUCCUCCAGCGAUUUCCUGAAACAAAUUGGGACGACACACCCUUUCACGAAGGCAUCGAAUGGUUCUGUCAGCCGCAAGGAUGGUCGCUGUCAACGGAGCGGUCGGAGCCGCGCUUCUACGUGUCGGUGUUGACGGACGUGGACGCCAACAGGCACUACUGCGCCUGCCUUUGCUUCAACGAGACCGUUGCUAUCACGCCCACCAAGCCCGCAGACGAGGACGAAGAAUCCUUAGAGUCGAGCCGACCAGUCGCCAAUAUCACCCACCAUAGCAUCAUGUACGCGCCUAAGUGUCUCGUUAUUGUAUCCAGACAGGAUUACAUCGAUACUUUUCGGAACUGCCUGGGUAUAAUCUACACUGUGUGGGUGGAGAACCUGGGCGUGCCGCUGGAGACGCUGGUGGGCAACCUGGUAGGUUGCGUGCUGGUGCCAGGCGCGGGCGGGCCGCAGGUUCGCUUCAGUAUCGGCGCCGGCGACAGGCAGGCGCUGCAGCCGCCCGCCGCGCCGCCUAUGCCCGUUACUCACACUGCUGUACACAUGCUGCUGCGCCUGCUAGGUAUCCACAACUCGGUAACGCUAUGGUGUGCGGUGAUGAGCGAGCACAAGGUCCUGCUGGUGUCGCUAGCUGCCGCUCGGCUAUCUGCCGCGUGUCGAGCUCUCGCAGCGUUGAUGUUCCCGUUCCGCUACGCCCACGUGUACAUACCACUGCUGCCUGCGGGUCUAGCGGAGGUGUUGGCGACGCCGACACCCUUCCUUAUAGGUGUGCAUUCCAGUCUCAAGGAGGAGGUGUCAGAAUUGUUGGACGUGAUAGUAGCAGACUUAGACGUGGGUUCGUUGCACAUACCCGCGGGUGUGAACAUUCCGCGGCCCGAGGGCAAGUUGCUGGGCUCGCUGCAGGAGGCCCUGGCGCUGGUGUUGCAGCCCGAGCUGCGCUCCGCGGACUCGGCCUUCGCCCCACCACCGCCCGCGGCAUCGCCCCCGCACAUGCUGGAUAAGGAGAUACGAGCCGUGUUUAUGAGGACUUUGGCUAAACUACUGCAAGGAUAUAGGCACUGCUUGACUAUAAUCCGCAUCCAUCCAUCCCCGGUGCUGACAUUCCACAAGGCAGGGUUCCUGGGCAGUCGCGGGCUGGCCUCCUGCCCCUUCGCAGUACGUCUGCUCGACUCCAUGUUCUUCAACGGCCUGGUGGCGGAGCGCGGACCCCCCUGGAGACCCACCGACAUAUUUGAUGAGCUCGUACAGAACUUACCGGAGCAACUGCGACUAGAAUCUCUGAAUCCUGACACCGAGCUGCAACACAUACAGGACUUAGCCAUGCAGUUACAUCUCAACGAGAAUCCCAAUCCACAGGUGGUAUCACAGACGUACCAGCAGCGCGUGCUGCGGCCGCCUGCUGGAGCUGAGGCUCGCAUCCACCAGCCGCCGCUGCCCGCACUGGACCCGCACCGCGUGCAUGACGUCAUCCGCGAUGUCUCACAGCGUAACGCCAACAAUGCCAAAUUGACAGCAUUAAGGCCGCCACAAGCUCGGAUAGUGCCGCCCGCAGCGCCCCCCACUGGUGGUGAGGAGCCUGGACAACUACUGCUGACCAACUCAGCGAGAAGACUUGAAGUGUUACGUGCGUGUGUGGCGGCCAUCUUUGAGGGGCGGUACGCGGACGCGCGCAAGUCUUUCCCCGCAGUACUGCGUGCAUUGCGCGCGUCUGCAGCACGCUCAGCACUGGUACGAGACCUCGCUGCACGUCUGCCCACCAACAAACAUCUGCUGCAGCAUCAUCAGUUCGAACUACUCGUCAGACUUAUGAACUGCGCGCUGCAGUCGGCGACUGCACUGGACGAGCACUCUAUAGCUGCAGCGAUGUUGCCACUCGCCACAGCCUACUGCCGCAAGCUGUGUACCGGUGUCAUACAGUACGCCUACAUGUGUAUACAGGAGCAUCAAGUAUGGACAAGUCAACAAUUUUGGGAGGCGGCUUUCUAUCAAGAUGUUCAAAGAGACAUAAAAGCCCUCUACCUACCUAGUCCUACACAUCAUCAAAGGGUGCCGAGUCCAAGAGAUGACGAAGAAUACAUAUCAUUGUUAAAAGCACAAGAACCAAGUGCUUUAGAGAUAGCAGCGGAACAGAUGAGAUUAUGGCCAACAUUAUCACCAGAGAAACAACGUGAAUUAAUAGCGAGUGAAGAGUCGACAUUGUACAGUCAGGCGAUACAUUACGCGAACAGAAUGGUGUACUUGUUGCUGCCGCUAGAGGGCGCCGGCAGACGAGCUGACACACGAGGAGAUGACGCAGACAGAGCCAGUAAUAGUAUUACUAAUAGUGUCGCGGAGUCGGACAGCGCGGACGCGGAGUCGGGCUUUGAGGAAGCGGACCCCGGGGAGGCGGGCAAUAAUGUUAUCAAAAUGGUCUCACGAUUUGUAGAUAAGGUGUGUACUGAGGGUGGGGUGACAGCGGAUCAUGUGCGGUGCCUGCACCAGAUGAUCCCCGGUGUGGUACACAUGCAUCUUGAGACGCUGGACGCAGUCGCCAGAGAGAGCAGACGACUGCCGCCUGUCCAAAAGGCGCGUAUCGUGGCACCUAGCAUGGUGCCGGGUGAGGCGGGUGCGGCACCAGCACUGCGAGCUGUGCUGGUUGCUGAUGGACGUGAGUCACCACUGCUGCCGGCAGAGGGCGCACUCUUCCUCACAAACUACAGGCUCGUCUUCAAAGGCACGCCCAUUGAUCCUUUCGCGUGCGAGCAGACAGUAGUGCGUUCGUUCCCGCUGUGUGCGCUGACGAGGGAGAAGGCGGUGCGCGCUCACGGGCCCCAGCUGGAGCCACUGUCUGACGGUCUGCAGCUCAGGGCAGCCACAUUCCAGCUUAUUAAGGUGGUACUGGAUGAGGAGGUGAGCGGGGAGCAGGCGGAGGCGUUCCGUAAACAGGUGGCGCGGCUGCGACACCCCGCAUCCGCCGUGCUGCACUUUGCACUCGCGCCGCGACCUGCGCCACCACCACCACUACACGCCGCCAAGCACCACACCCUAAAAGGUUUCGCGAAGAAGACACUAUUAAAGACAGCUCGUCGUGCAGGAUUAAAACCGAAGCCGUCAAAGCGCCAGAAGUACGUACUGCCGUCAGCAGACGCGCGCUCGCUGACGUCACCGCCCCUCAUGUCCUCGCUGUCCGCGGACACGCUGUCGUUGGAGGAGCUUGAGUUGGGUGGUACGGACAGCGCGGAGCCGCCAGCAGCGCGCACGUUGGAGCGCGUGCGCGAGCGCAUAUACGCACGCGACUGGGCGCGUCUCGGCCUCGCCAGCGCACCCUUCCGGCUAACACAUGCUAACGCCAUCUAUACACUAUGUAGAAGUUACCCGUGUGUGGUGGCAGUGCCGGCGGCGGUGAGUGACGAGUCUCUGCGUCGUGCAGCGCGCUGUUACCGUCAGGGUCGUCUGCCUGCGCUCACAUGGCGUCACCCGCGUACACACGCGCUACUAGCCAGGUCGAGUGCUUCCCAUCAUAAAGGUGUGAUGGGUAUGCUGAAAGGGUCCAGUCAUCAGACUCCUGGCACCACGCAGAGUGGUACAGAACCCACCUCAAGCUUGGAGCAGGAGCGGUACCUGUCGGCGCUGAUCGCGUGCACACCGGCGGGGCGCGGCGAGCUGGAGGCUGCCUCACUCAGCCUGGAGUCCCUGCUGCUGCCGGAGGAUCACCACACACCACUCCUCGCCAAAGCCACCGGCACGCUCGGGGUGUUGGGGCGUAACAGUGGCGGUAAGGGAGGUGCUGCUGGAGGCCGGCACUUCGGUCGCUGGGGCUCGCUGAAGGACCGCCGUCAGCCUUCACACCUCGAGCUCUACGUACCCAAGCAGCGUCUCUCCACUGCUGAUCUCGAUUCCGUUUGUGGAGAGAGUAGUGGGGGUGGGGGCGGAGCUCGACGUGCGGCGCUGUACGUACUGACAGACAAGGGUGGGGCGGGGGGCGUGUCCGGGGGUGGGGCGGAGGCGCCCGCGGUGCAGGCUGUGCCAGUAGAGUACCCUGACGCACGCGCCACCAAACACGCCUUCAAGAAACUGCUGCGUGCUGCCGCGCCCUCAGCACCCCCACAACAUGACCACCCCGGCUUUCUACGAUUGGUGGAGGAGUCAGGGUGGUUGUGGCAGCUGCGGCAGCUGUUCCAGCUGUCGGGCGCCGUGGUGGACCUGCUGGAUCUGCAGGGCUCCUCCGUGCUGCUAUCGCUCGAAGAUGGCUGGGACGUCACCUCACAGAUAUCGUCGUUGGCGCAGAUCUGUCUAGAGCCUUACUACCGCACGUUGGAGGGCUUCAGGAUUCUAGUGGAGAAGGAGUGGUUGGCCAUGGGGCACAAGUUCCAGCAGCGCUCCAACCUCGCCGCCGCCCCCCAACAGGGCUUCACGCCCACAUUUCUCAUGUUCCUGGACGCUGUGCAUCAGUUAUUGAAGCAGUUCCCUUUGGCGUUCGAGUUCAACGACUACUAUUUGCGGUUCGUGGCAUACCACAGUGUGUCAUGUCGCUUCCGCACCUUCCUGUUUGACAGCGAGGCGCAGCGCGCGGAGCUCGGCCUCGCGCACGCUGAUGACCGCAGAGCUGAUGCCACACGACUGGGUGUGGAGACGGGGGCUGGUGCGGGUGAGGAGGAGUGUGGAGGACGCGCGGCGACACAUGGCGUGUCACUGUUCGACUUUGUGGAGCGCGUCCAUCAGCGUACACCACUCUUCUACAACUUCCUCUACACGCCGGACUUUGAUAAUCCGGUGCUCCGUCCUGUGUCUGCCAUCAACUGCCUAGAGGUAUGGGAGUACUACGUGAGUGAGGAGCUGUCUCACGGCGCGCCCUACGACCUGGACCUGGUGCCGGGCGGCGAGGCGGAGCCCCGGGCGCCGCGCCGCGUCGUCACCGCGGGCUACGACAGCGUGUCGCGCUGCAUGCCGGACGCCUUCAGCGGACUGCUGGAGCGCGUGCGACAGCUGGAGCUCGAGCUCGGACAUCUGCCGCAGAAGUGGAGAGUGCGCUGGGACCAGCUCGAGCUACCUAAUACUCUAGAAUUACAGCGGAAUGCGUCGAUGUGCAGCAGUGUGGUGCGUCGUGCGACGGCGGCAGCUCACCGGCGUGGUACGCUGGAGGUGCUGGUGCGCGGGCUGGCGGCGGCGCCCCCGCACGCCCAGCACGCCCCGCACGCAGCGCCCGCACACCGCUGGGCCCCCGCCGCACACGCAGCACCCGCCCGCUGCGACCACUGCGGUGAUCUACUAUGGGGACCACUAGAGACUGGUGUGCGUUGUGUGGACUGCGGCGCGGCGUGUCACGAGCGAUGUGCGGAGACGUUCGCGUUACCGUGCACCAAGUACAAGGCGCCGCCUCCAGACCGCGAUCGCGAUCUGCGCACCAACGUCGCCAACAGUGUGGCGACGCUGCAGUCGUCAUCACAGCAGUACUACGAGCAGUUCUCCUCCAACGUGGCAGAAGAUCGCACACACGAGGGUCAUCUCUACAAGCGAGGUGCACUACUCAAGGGAUGGAAACAACGUUGGUUCGUGUUAGACUCCAUUAAGCAUCAGUUGAGAUACUACGACGCGAUGGAAGACUCUCAUUGCAAAGGAUUUAUUGAUUUGGCGGAGGUGAUAACAGUAACGCAGGCGGCGCCGGCUCCAGGACCGCCCAAGAAAUGUGAUGAUAGAUCCUUCUUUGAUUUACGGACAAGUCGACGGACGUACAAUUUCUGUGCGAGCGAUGCUAAUGCUGCUCAGGAGUGGAUAGAGAAGCUGCAAGCUUGUUUGCAGUGAGAUUAUACAAGAUUGUAAAUAUAUUUGUGUAAAACUUUAUACAUAUUGCAUUUGCAGUGUAUUUUAUGUUAUAAAUACAUUUAAAUUUGUGUUAUAUCGAAUUAAAGUGGAUUUCCACUGCAGCUACAUAUUUAUUGACAGUCAUUGUUCAUGUUCUUAUUAAAAAAACGACAUCAUGACAGACAUAAGUCAAUAUAAAUGUCACUUCAGUGGAAAAACUAUAGAUUUUGUUUCUCAUAUGUUCAUUUUAUGAGAUAUUAAAAAAAAGCUUUAGUCGAACUUGAAUAAGCGAGAGUCUUUAUAUCUCACUUACAGAGG